GAGGAAGAAAACAGCAAGAAGGAGAGCGAAAAGGAAGCCAAUGAAGAAAUAGAACAGGUGGCCUAUGCAGAAGUUGAUCCGCUCCGUAGCUGUUCACAGGAAGCCCACAACGGAACUAAGGAGGAGUGCGAGCACAAUCCUGCACUGGAAGCCGAGACAGAGCAGAGAGAAAAGGACACGGCCGUUUCGGUGUGCCAGCGUGCUCGGGGCGUUUAUGUGACCCCGAAGACCGGCCUCUUCCCGUCGGCUUGGCCAGCAGACUGCCUGCCGCCUGGGACGGAGGAGCGCUUCUUUGUUCUUGGAAUCAGUAUUGCCAAGUGCCUA